AUGCUUUUUAUGUUGUUUUUGCUUGUUAAAUCGUUCGAUAACGCAUAUUUUACAGAUGAUGGACAACUUAUAUUGCCAGAACCUAUUGUUGUUGAUACUUAUCCAUACGGAACGAGACAAAAUCUUGACGAAAGUGGAUGGAAGAACAUCCGAAUCAAGUUAAACUACAGUUACAUCACAGGCGAACUCCGUGAAUCACUUUCAUGUUAUGAAGUAGGUCAAGUUAUUCAACUCACCUCAAGUAAAAGUGUAACAUGCACAAAAGAAAUGAUUGUUUCUAACAAAGAUUUAACAAAUCUAACUAUUGCAAUGAAUAAUCUCAAAUCAUUUGCCGAAAAAUUCCUCAGAGUCAUUCCAACUCCAAAUCAAGAUUACGAUAUUGAAUAUUUUGUAAAAAUUAUAAGGUAUCCAAGAGGAUCUGAUGUAAUUGCCAAGGCAGGUGCAUUAACACGUGAUAAAUUCGAACGCCCUCUGCAAGCCCAUGUGCUAAUCAAAGACCUUGAACUUCCAAAUUAUGUUUCAGAAUUUGAAACAAACACAAGUGCAUUUGCUAAUGUAAUGUUUCAUGAAUUUACACAUGCAUUAUAUGCAUUACAACAGAACUAUCAUUAUAGAAAUUCUACUUUGUUUUAUCCAGAGAGACGAGCAUUCUGUUCAAUGAAAAAGUAUGGAAAAACAUACAAAUUUAUCACUGGACCAUAUUCUCAUAUUUUCGCACAAAAACAUUAUGGUAUAGAUGUAUUUGAAGGUGAUGAUAAGAAUUGUACAUCAGGUAUCGAAAUAGAAGAUGGUGGUGGCCCUGAUACAAAGGGUUUUCAUAUUAAAGCAAGCAGAUUCUAUUCAGAUUUGAAUAUUGGAAUGUCUACACAAAGUAAUGGAAUGAAAUUUGAACGAAUUACAGAUGCAACAAUUGCCAUACUUCAAGACACAGGAAACUAUAUAUGCAACUGGUCAAUGGCACAACCAUUAGUUUGGGGAAAUCCAGAAUCCCAAAUUGGAGGCAAACCAAUUAAAGACUUUGCUCUAGGACCACCACAACUUGUCUUUCCAAAACAUUAUCUUAAACAACAAGACGAAUACCAAAUGAUUCCAUUUUAUUAUCAGCCCGAUUAUGUUGGAUUUGAUUUUAAAUAUUUUGCUUUGGAUUUUGGUCUCCAACGUGGAUCAGAUUGUAGUGGAGACUGGGAAAAAUUGUGCACUAACCAAGAGUUUUAUAACCCAUUGAAAAAGAAUAGGCUAUGCCAUCACGAUAUUUUUGAUUAUACAAUGGUUAAAGUUCCAUAUGAAGCAUAUUGUGAAAAAGGAGAAGCUAUGAUUCCAGGAUAUGCAUACUGUCGAAAAUAUAUUUGCAACAAAUAUGAAAGUUUUACAUUGAUAACUCCAGAAUUAAAAGAUAUCUAUGGAAAUCAGACAAAUCUUACUUGCACCAAAGAAAAUCCAAACAAAAUAAUAACAGCAGAAUCUACUUACUAUUCAGGUUAUACGAAUAUUACAUGUGUUCAUCCAGAGUUGUUCUGCCGAACUGUGAAAUUGAGCGAAAUGCAUUUUGUUCGUGAUCCAUUAGAUCCAGAUCUAAAUGUAAGACAACUUGAUGACUAUGAUAACAAUAUUAUAAAUAAUAGUAAUAAUAACAAUGAAACCGACGAAAAAUCUAAUAGCACAAACAAAUCGAACAAUAUCAUCAAAAUUGUAAUUCCAUGUGUUGUUGUCGGAGUUAUUAUUAUUGCUGCUAUUAUCAUUACAGUAAUUGUCAUCCGAAAGAAACGUCACUCUAAUAAAGAUAAGAGUGAUAAUGAUAUAGAGUUAAAUGAUCAACAAAAUGAUUAUUUACCAAACUAA